AUGUCACAACAUCAAACUACUUCUGAUUCAAAGACUACUAAGUCUACUCACAAGGUUAGCGCUCCUUCCAUGGACACUCACGAUGAUGAGAUUUUGGAUGUGGUUCCUCUAUCUAUUAUUUCAUGUGAAGCCCUUGAUUUAAACCAUCCCAUGGAUGCCUCAGCUUCUGCAUGCCCAAAUCAAGGACAUUCUGUGAAGGGAGUCUCUACUCCCCUAUCUAAAAUGUACCCUUCUCCUGAGGUUGAACAUCAUAGUGAGAAGGAUGAUGAUUCCUCUAGAUCUGAGAAAGACAUGGCUACUGAAGGUUUGUGCUCUCUAGGGCAAACUGUGUCUGGUAAAGGAAAAUCUGUGGCGUCUAAAACUGCCCAUGCUUCCCAUUCUGAGAAGCAUGAUGUUGCAAACGAUCCAAGUGUGGCCAAGCGUAUAAAGACUAGAAAAGGAAGAGCUGUUGCUGAACUGAUGGCAGCUAGAACAUCAAAGAAGACUUCUGGUGUUGGUCUUUCCAAAUCUUGGAGCAAGGUUGAAGUGAAGAAAAGAAAGGUUAGAGAAGUUUCUAAGUCUGAAGAGGAUGUUAAGGAAGAUGUCCCUAACAUCUCUCCUGUGAAGAAGACCACUGUGAGGAAGUCCCCUGUGAAAGUUGUUGCUGUGCAUUUGGAUAAUAUCUCUUUCCAUCUUGAGGAUGAAGCUGCCAAAUGGAAUUUUGUGAUUCAAAGAAGGGUGGCUGUGGAAAGGGAGUUAGGAAAGGAUGAUGUUGAAGUCAAGGAUGUCAUGGACCUAAUAAAGACAGCUGGGUUGAUGAAGACUGUAGCUGGGUUCUCUCAGUGCUAUGAGGGUUUAGUUAAGGAAUUCAUUGUCAACAUUCCUGAGGAUAUUGCUGAUAAGAACAACAAGGAACUUUGA